AAACGCAGACGAAGAAGAACUUUUUGUUUACAUCAGUGUUUCCUGAUAGAUGUACUUUAACAUUCACUAUGUCGGAAAAAUGUACCACAUAUUAUUGUUGACUGGUUAUUAGAGGGCCGGAUGAGUUGUGUGAGUUAAACGCUGCACACAAUGAUGACCACGGAGUCUGCCAGCCUGGAGAGCCUCCAUGUGCUGCACCAGAGCGAUGACUACAUCGUGGUGGACAAGCACUGGGACAUCCGCAUCGACAGCAAGAUGUGGUACGAGAAACACACCGUGCAGUCGCAACUCCGGCACCGCUUCCCUCAGCUGGCAGACCCAAGCACCUACUACGGCUUCAGGUUCUGUCAUCAGUUGGAUUUCUCCACCAGUGGGGCUCUUUGUGUCGCCCUGAAUAAGGCUGCAGCCGGCCGAGCUUACCGCUGCUUCAAGGACCGCACCGUCACCAAAGCCUACCUCGCCCUGGUUCGUGGCGCGGUGGAAGAAGAGACACAAACCUUGGACUUCUCUAUUGGCAAAAACUCCUCAGAGGGAAAAACACACAUGAUGUGUAUUGAGGGAACAGAAGGUUGUGAAAACCCAAAGCCCUGCCAAACUGAGCUGACAGUGUUGGAGUACGGCUUGUAUGAUGGAGACCCUGUCACCAAGGUGCUGCUGCAGCCGCUCACUGGCCGAACACACCAGUUAAGGGUCCACUGCAGCGCCAUAGGCCACCCCAUCGUCGGGGACUUCACCUACAGCUCGGGAGCGGACGACGCCCCCUACCGCAUGAUGCUGCACGCCCACUUCCUCCACAUUCCCCUGGAACCUGAGCCCUUGCUCGUCGCCGCUGGAGACCCCUUUCUCCCCACGGCGGAUCCCAAGUGGCUCCCGCAGCGCUCGUUACGGACUCUGGCGGCCACCGUGGAGGCUCUGCUGGAGCGCAGGGUGGAGGAGGACAGGAAGAUCAAAGAGGAGAAGAGAGAGAGGGCGAGAAAGGAGGAGGAGAGGAAGAAAGGACGCCGGGAAAAGAGGAUAGAGGAGGAGAGUGAGGAGCAGAGGAGGCAGUGUCAGGAGUGGCUGAGCGAAUGGGCUGGAGACUGAUUUAUUAUUAUGUAUUUUUAACUUAUUUUAGCUGUUUACUAAUGAAGAUCACGUUGAGCGAACAUGCUCCAUCUCACUCACCACCUGUGUUGCAUUUAUGUUGAAUAGACAGAAGUGAACCAGUACCUCAACCCCCCCACAAAACCAGUCAUAAACAGGAUUUUAGAAGAGAUGUGUGUAAGCUGCUGCUCUCUUUUACAAUUAAGUAGCUGAAUAACAAGUGCCUUUCUCAAGUUCAUGUUAAUAACUGAGGGGUUUGAUUGAUGCAUGUUUUGUUUUGUUUUUAACACAUUCCCCCCCCUCAAAAGUGUAAGAAUUUGACUUCGGUAUAAAGUCAUAUGACUUAACUCUGAUAGAAGAGCCUGAGCAGCAGCAAUUGUUUUUUGUCCAUGUCCAAAUGCUGGUAACUUUGUGUGUUAUUGCAUACACUUAAUGGCUGUAACAUGCAUGGAAUCCUCUGUAAAAGCAUAUAGCAUACUACAUAGUAUGUCUCUGUGCACUUUGUUUCGUUCAUUAUUUUACUGCUUUGAAUUAAAGUGUUUCCGACAUAUAAAAAGGUUUAUGUCAAAGUAACAACAAAUGUCUACAAAUUCAUCUUCGUCCGGUUCUAAUAUAAAAAGCUAAAUAAAUCAUUGAACAAGAA